AGAGAACGCGUCGAAAGUGAUAAUCAUCUCUCUGUAGUCCCAACGGUCUUAGGUCGUACAGUCAACGGUCAACGGUAAUCUGGAAAAAAACAUCUGGGGGUCUCAUAGGUCAACCAUAACAUCAGGAUGGCUUUCACCGCUGCUGAGCUGCAAAAGCGACAUGGUCUCGAAGGUGCACCUGACCCUUUCCCCACGCUCGGUUCCACUGCUCCUCGUCCAACCAACAAACCUUCAACUCCUAUUCCGGUAGACACAUCAUCCUCUGAUGCUUUCCCUUCUCUCGGUCCAUCUGCCGCACCUCAGGCGAACCUCAUCAAGCCCGCUAUAUCCGCUUGGUCCGCUAAACCCUCUACUGUCAAAUCAACCAAAGGUAAACCCCCCGCCCCUGGUGGUUUAGGUCGUAUAGGUGCUCCAACGGCAGCUUCUCAUCCAUUCACCGAUUCAUUUUCUAUCCCUUCUGAUGAUCUCGCACCUGUCAAAGUUGUCAAUGAAACGGUCAAGAAAGCUCAAGAACAAACUGGUGCAAUGGUGGAAUCUAGCACUCAAAUGAAAACUGGUCUUAAAACUUUUCUCAUUCGUGCUGCUGAUCAAAAACGUUUAGCAUAUGCUCGUAGGAUCAUCGAAAGGGGUAUCAGUAAACCUGUCACUAUAACUGUAGAUGUACCCAUCACCACGUUGGGUACUAUCAUAGGACCAAAAGGCGCUACUUUGAAAAGUAUAACAGAGGCUACAACUUGCAAGAUUGAUAUUCCUAAAAGAGAAACUUUACCGACUUACGAACCGAAAGAAGUUGAAGAUGAUGAUGAAGAAUCGGAAGAACCUAAUGUUCCCAUUUCUAUAUCUGGACCUUCUGUCGCUUGUUCGGAUGCGAAAAGUAAAAUUUUAGCUUUGAUAGCUAAUAAGGUAUCUCAAAUAUCGACCAGUAUCAAAACUAUACCUUCAUCUUAUUAUCCUUUCAUCUCUAAACAUGUGAAAAGUCAAGGAUUGGAUUCGGAAGAUGUCAAAAUUCAUAUUCCUCCUCCUGCCGUAUGGAAAGCUUUGGAAAAACAAGGUGAAGAAGAUGAAAGUGUUUCUACCAAAGAUUUAUCUAUCAAGAUCAAGGGUGAUAGAGAAAAGGUUAAAAUGGUAGUGGAAGAAAUAAAUAGGAGGUAUGAAGAAUUGAACGAUACUCUUCGGGAACUUAAAAUAUCAAUUCCGAAACGUCAACAUCGAUUCUUGGUCGGUACUUCCGCAGUGGACAUUUUAGACCAGACAGGUUGUAUUGUCGAUUUACCUCCUGUGGAAGAUCCUUCCGAUCAAUGUGUUAUUCGAGGACCUCAAUCAUCACUCAUUCCUGCUCUCACCCUAGUCAUGGAUAAAGCCAAUGCGAUCGCUGUGGAACAAGUCGAUUUGGUACAGCUUCAUCGUCCCAAUACUUCCGACCCACUAUCGCACGCCAAACGUGUAUUGAGGUAUCUGCAGCGUACCAACCGACUACGGAGUAUUGCUGAUACACAUGGAGUAAAAGUUUAUCCACCUUUCACAGCUUCCAUCGCCUCUGGUAAUGUUGUAGUGGAAGUCGUCGGGGAAGACAAAGGUGCCGUAGGGAAAGCUAAGGAGGAAGUUGCUCAAGCUGUCAAAUCUAUCCCACCUUCCGCAGUAACCACCCUCGAGAUCGAUCCUCUCGUUCACAGUAUCUUGAUUGGUAAGAAAGGAAGCAAAAUUACAACUUUCGAAACCGCUCACACGGUUGCUACCCUCUUCCCACCCGCCUCGGAAGAAUCAUCAGAUGUGGCUCUUGUUUACACCGGUCCUCUCGAUUCACUACCUUCAGACAAGAAAGCUCGGGAUGCGAAACUCAAAGAACUACUGUCUUCCGCAUCUACAGCGCUGGAGGAACUCGCUAAGGGAGCUGCCGACAUCAAGACGGAAACACUGGAUGUCGAUAGGAAAUGGCAUAAAUUCAUCAUUGGACCCUCUGGAACGAUUCUCAACGCUAUUAUCGGCGAAGAUCAAAUCGUCUCCGUUCGAGUCGGUUCAAAGGCAGGUUCUAAAGAAGGUUCAGACGAUGUCAUCGUGCGAGGUCCUUCUACCGAAGUGGAACGAGUAGUAGAACAAAUCUUGAAAAUCGUAGAAGAUGCCAAAAAUGAUGAUAUCAUCAAUGGUCAUACUGUCGAAUUCAACGUUGACAAGAAACACGUCCCUCACCUUGUCGGAGCAGCAGGUGGAGCUAUCAACAAACUGCGCGAGUCUUUAGGAGUGAAGAUCAGUUUUGACGAUAUCGAAAAUCAAAAAUCUUCCAAGAAAGUAAUGGUGGCGUGUAAGAUUAUCGGAAGGAAAGAGGCCGCAGAAGAGGCAGAACGACGUCUCAAGGCACAGAUUGAGAAGUUGGAAGAUGAAACAACAGAAGUAGUCGUGAUUAAACGUGCUAUCCAACCAGCACUCAUUGGUGUAGGUGGGAAAUACGCAGUACGUCUAGAAGAAAAAUACGGAGUCAAACUUUCUUUUCCUAGAGAUAAAGAUUCCCCUAAACCGGAUGAAGUGACCAUACGAGGUGGUAGGAAAGGUGUGGCAGCUGUCAAAGCAGAAUUAUUAGAAGCUGCUGCUUUCGAAGCGGAAUCAAGACAAACGUUGACUUUUACCAUCCCUUCCAAAGCUGUAGCGCAGGUGGUGGGAAAAGGAGGAGCUACGAUUAAUGGGAUCAAGGAUGAAACUGGAGCCAUGAUUGAUAUUGAUAAAAAAGGAGAUGGAGAGACUAGUGUUACUGUAAAAGGAGAUAAACAGGCUAUUGCGGCUGCGAAAAAGGCCGUUUUGGCUGUGGUGGAAGAAGUGGGGGAUGACAUACAGUUGACGGUGACUAUCGAUCCGAAAUACCAUCGAUCUUUGAUUGGUCCUGGUGGACAGAAAAUACGUGAUUUGGUCGUGGCUUGUGGUGGACCAGCAGAGGGGUCCAAGCAGACUGGUAUGGUGACUUUCCCCAAAGCAGGCGACGAGCACCCUGAUCAGGUCAGACUCCGCGGCGACGCUAAACUUGUCCAAGCACUCUCCACCGAGCUCACCAAACAAGCUUCCAUCCUCUCCCAAACCAUCAUCAUCGGAGUCCCUGUACCUUCUUCUCACCACGCUUCCAAAAUCGGUCGAGGCGGUUCCGCUCUACUAGAUCUUCAACGUAAAACCGGGACGACCAUCCAUUUCCCCGCUUCGAGACAAUACAACUUUGUCGGUGAAAUCUCAAACACCUCCGAACUAACAGAUGCGGAUCCGAAAGAUAUUGUCAAAGUCAUCGGGACCAAGGAAGCUUGCGAAGCUGCAGCUGAAACUCUUCGAGUAACACCACCCGAACGUGCCCAAAGGAACGAUUCGAGAGGGGGAAGGUCAACACCUGAUUUCCCGACUAGAACUGUGGAUAUCCCAUCCAAGUAUUUCCAUGCAAUCGCUAAUCAGCCUACCCUCAUUCGACAGAUCAGAGCAGCAGGGGGAUUCCUGACGAUCCCCCAGGCCCCGCAGAAAGUGGAAGUGAAACAACAUAUGAACGGGAACGGGUUGGCGGCCAAGACGGCAAGGAUUGAUUUGGACGCGGAGGACGAAGAAGGAGAAUUUGAAUUGAGGAGGAAUUAUGAGGACGGGGAUGAGGGGACAUCGAGUUGGGUGGUGAAAGCUAAAGAGGAGGAUUUGGAGACGGCGGUGGCGGUUUUGGAGGCGGCUGUGGAGAAGGCCAAAGCUCUUUCUCAUGUUGGGCUUUUGACCGGCUUACCGAGAUCUGCCUUUCCGAGAAUUAUCGGGUCGAAAGGGGCUACUAUAUCUAGAUUGCGAGCGGAGACAGGUGCGGAGAUACAAGUGGGGAAGGAUGAUGAUUUGAUCACGAUCUAUGGUAACGAAACUUCAGUGGUGGGAGCUAAGAAUGCCAUCUUAUCCAUCGUUUCACGUCCUGCUCGACAUCAAUACUAAGUCGAUGUUGGGUCAAAGUGUAGGAAAAAAUAAAUCAGUUGAUAUACACUUCUCAUCUGAUGCUGAUGCAUGGUUGCUAGUU